AGAGCUUUACGUCGAUAGUGGGUCCGAACGGGUCCGGGAAGUCCAAUGUGAUCGACUCUAUGCUCUUCGUGUUUGGAUACAGGGCUCAAAAGUUGCGCUCAAAGAAGUUAAGCGUUUUAAUCCAUAGCUCCGACACUCACCCGGACUUCACCUUUUGUCGAGUGAUAGUCCACUUCGCGCUCAUCAACGAUAAGCCGGGCGACGACUUUGAGUUUGUGGCCGACUCUAACUUCACUGUCAGCCGAACGGCAAAUAAGGACAACAGUUCUCACUAUAGUAUUGACGACCGGAAAGUGCAGUUCAAAGAAGUGUCGCGUCUGUUGUCAUCGCAUGGAAUCGAUUUGCGUUACAAUCGGUUUCUUAUACUGCAGGGAGAGGUCGAACAGAUCGCUCUCAUGAAACCCAAAGCCGAUACCGAAGGCGAGUCAGGAAUGCUUGAGUUCUUGGAGGACAUCAUCGGCACGACUCGACUUAAAGAGCCGUUGAAUCAAUUGUGGGACAAAGUGGAGGAAUAUAACGAGUUAAGGUCCGAGAAGAUGAAUAGAGUGAAAGUGGUCGAGAAGGAGAUGAACGCUCUGAAGGAGGCCAAGGAUGAGGCCAUUAAGUUCUUGGAGGCCGAGAACGAGAUCACUAUUGAGAAGAGCAAACUCUAUCAGACGUAUAGAAGUGACGCCAACGCCGAGAAGGAGACGGCUCUCAAAGAGUACAACAGAGCCAACGAUAUCUUCCAGACGGCGAUGAAUGAAAUCAAUGAAUUGAAACAACAGAGAGAGACCUCAGAAACCGAACACAAAGACAUGAGCCAACAGUUCGCUGUCAUCAAUAAGAAGUCCGAAGAUUUAAACGAAAAAUACAAGGACUGCGAGAGACGUGACGUCCAAUUGAGAGAUAAACUCAAAAACAUUAAAACAAAGGGCAAAAAGAUGGAGAAAACGAUUGAAGACGAGACUAAGAAAUUGGACGAAUUGACUGAAAUGCCCGAAAAAUGUGAACAAGAGAUACAAAAGUUGACACUAAAGAAAGAGACGGCAGAAAACGACCUGAAAGUGGCGAAAGAGCGGUUGGCUGUUGUGAUGGGAGAGAUUAAGGGCGACACCGAACCACUUCUGCACCGCAAGGAUGAGAUCGAGAAGCAGUUACUGUCGCUCCAGAAGGGCGUCAAUGAUAUGCGCUCUUCGAUGGAAAUCGCGAAACAAGAACUCGACAUCUAUUUAAGCGAAGAA